AUGGCCUCGAGGAACACCGCACUCGUGUUCCUCCUCGCGCUGCUCCUGUCGUGCGUCGCUAUGAGCAGCGCGGCGAGGAGGCUGCAGGAGCAGGAGACGGCUCCGCCCACGGAAGAAGCGCCGUCCGCGCCACACCUGACCGUGCCGAGGCUGCCAGACUACAAGCUGCCGCCUAUGCCCAAGUUCGAGCUCCCGCCGUUCCCAGAGAUGCACCUGCCGCCGUUCCCGGGGACGCAGUGGAAGCCGGCGACGCGCACGCCCACCCUUACCGGGUUCUUCUUCCCGCAGCCGGAGCCGGAGGCCAAUCCAUGA